ACUCAAACAUGAACAGUUGUCCUGCAUUACCAGAAAGGGUUUAUUUUACUCAUGGAUGCUAACUUUGUUUACACUAAAUUUUGUUGCAUGUUAUUGUUGAUAUAACAUGGUAUUGUACUGAUAUAAGAUCUCCUUACAGUGACAUGUUUGUAAGUUUAGUUCAAUUACAGUCUCUUUGCAAGUGUAGUUUGAAUGACUUAUUUGCUCUUCUGAACUGUGGACUUUUGAAUAGAAUAGAGAAAUGUAGUGUGUGAGUAUACAAGUAUAUAUUAUAUACUGUGUGCUAUGGAUAUGUAAUACAAUGUACACUAAACAGAAUUUGCAAUAUUUAAAUAAUACAGUGCAGUAUAUUUUACGAGCCCAAGGUGAUUUCAGCGGUACUCUGCCAUAGUAACCGUAAACAACAACGAGCUCUGCUAGACGGACGGGAAGCUUUCCUGAGACGUUUAAUUCAUUUAAAUCGAAGACGUAACUGAAAAACAAACAAACAAAAAUCUGACCAUGAUUCCUCCUACUGAGUCUUUGCUGAAGUAUGACAACCCGGAGCUGGUGAGCAAGAACACCGAGAAGAAAUUACCAAAGUUUCAACCUAAGGCUCGGUCUCUGAAGGCGAGUCCCCAGCAGCCUGCCCUCUCUGGUCCAGUUCCACCUCCACCCAAACCCAAAAGCCCUUCAUCUGAUGCCGUUAAACAGCAAACAGAGGAGAUUCUUAAUGCCAUCCUACCACCACGGGAAUGGAUGGAGAAUAAUCAGCUGUGGGUACAGCAGGUGUCCAGCACGCCAUGUACCCGGUCAGACGUCAUUCAUCUGCAAGAGGAACUGGAUCUCAAACUGCAGCAGAGACAGGCCAGAGACACGGGCAUUUGCCCUGUCCGUAGAGAGCUCUACACACAGUGCUUUGAUGAGCUCAUCAGACAAGUGACCAUCAACUGUGCUGAGAGAGGAGUGCUGCUUUUACGAGUGAGAGAUGAGAUUCGCAUGACCAUUGCUGCCUAUCAGACCCUGUAUGAGAGCAGUGUGGCCUUCGGCAUGAGGAAAGCUCUGCAGGCUGAGCAAGAGAAGUCAGACACUGAGAAGAAGAUUGCAGACUUGGAGAAUGAGAAGAGGGACCUGGAAAGACAGGUGAAUGAACAGAAGGCUAAGUGUGAAGCAAUUGAGAGAAGAGAAAAUGAACGGCGACAGGUUGAAGAGAAGAAGCACACUGAGGAGAUCCAGUUUCUUAACCGCACCAACCAGCAACUGAAGACCCAGUUGGAUGCAAUCAUUGCCCCAAAGAAAUAAUAAAAAAAAGUGUUAUGCAUCAGAUUAUUUCUAAAUAAAUUCAGACUUCAACUGAUUUAAUAUAUUUCAAUAUAACAACAUUUUU